AUGGGUAAGACAGAUCUCCCCAGAUCUGAGAAUGUGAAUGGGUACGACAGAUCUCCCCAGAUCUCAGAAUGUGAAUGGAUCUCAGAGUGCGAAUCAGUGUUCAGUAAGAAGACAGAUCUCCCUAGAUCUCAGAAUGUGAAUAGCAAGGCAGAUCCCUCUAGAUCUCAGAAUGUGAAUGGGAAGGCAGAUCCCUCUAGAUCUCAGAAUGUGAAUGGGAAGGCAGAUCCCUCUAGAUCUCAGAAGGUGAAUGGGAAGGCAGAUCUCUCUAGAUCUCAGAAUGUGAAUGGGAAGGCAGAUCCCUCUAGAUCUCAGAAUGUGAAUAGGAAGGCAGAUUCCUCUAGAUCUCAGAAUGUGAAUAGGAAGGCAGAUCAAUCUAGAUCUCAGAAUGUGAAUAGGAAGGCAGAUCAAUCUAGAUCUCAGAAUGUGAAUGGGAAGGCAGAUCCCUCUAGAUCUCAGAAUGUGAAUGGGAAGGCAGAUCCCUCUAGAUCUCAGAAUGUGAAUGGGAAGGCAGAUCCCUCUAGAUCUCAGAAUGUGAAUAGCAAGGCAGAUCCCUCUAGAUCUCAGAAUGUGAAUAGGAAGGCAGAUCCUUCUAGAUCUCAGAAUGUGAAUAGCAAGGCAGAUCCCUCUAGAUCUCAGGAUGCGAAUCAGUCUUCAGUAAGAAGGCAGAUCCCUCUAGAUCUAAGAAUGUGA